AUGCCUGCACGGUUGCCCGCUCUCCGCGGUCCCGUUCGGCCAAGGCACCUCUGGGCGCUCGCGACCCUCUCGAUCGUCACCUUUGCAGCACUCUUCCCAUCACCAACACUAGCCGCCCCGACCCAGGGUCUCCUCGACAAUGCCGGACCUGAUGCAGGAUACUCGGACGAGGACGACUACAACCGCAUCGUCCGCGAGGCGUGGGCACGCAUUGCCGACCCGGUCGAGCCGUGGAGCAUGUCCUACGUCAAGGCUGCAGCUGAGCCGGACACGGGCUGGAUCUCGCACUGGUUCUCGAUGGGUGGUGAGGGAACUUUGACUCUCGGUGACUCCAACAUCACGCUCCCACACCGACCUGCUGCGUUCCCGACUUUCCUUCGACCGGACACUGAGCUUCCAGUCAACGGAACGAUGGUAGCGUUCCAGGACCUCCCAGACCCCAAGUCCGAUCUUCACCAGCUCCGACUUCGGUCGACCGGCUCAUCGGGAUGGAGGGCAGGCGCUACAGGCGCGAGCUCGGGCUUCAGCGCGAUCGACUCUGAAGCGCAUGAGAACAACCGCCCGUUAUCACGGCCCCGCUCAGACCACCCUCCACAGCGCGCGUGUGUGCCCCCAGCUUGGCCACCCAUCCGCCCCUCGCCGCCCCAGCCGCCCUAUGUCGUCGCCUUGGUGGAGAGGGGGGACUGUGACUUCGCUACCAAGGUCCUGGCUGCUCAGGAGCGGGGGGCAGCAGCCGUAGUCGUGGGUGACAGCCCUGCUCGGGCCGGUGAGACAGACGAGGAGGGUCGGAAACGGGAGAAUCUCAUCACGAUGUACUCACCGGAGGACACGACCAACAUUAUCAUCCCAUCUGUCUUCGUGUCUCGAGCGAGCUACCUUACCCUGCGGGACAUGCUCAGCAACCACACCAAGUUGAAGGUGGAAGUUGGAGAAGCCGACGACGACGGCAACACUCUAGGCAGUCUUCUGACAUUUGCCCUCCUGAUGCCCUCGUUGUUCCUUCUUGCUACGAUUGCUGCGCAUCGUGUGCGCAUCCACCGGCAGCGCGAGGCAAACCGUGCCCCUCCGACGGUCGUGUUAUCUCUCCCUGAGCGAGUGUGGACGCCAGACAUUGUAUGGGAGAAGGACGAGACGGACGACUCAGAUGCUGGGCUGGACGACGAGCAUCGCAAGCCCGAUGACUCGGAGCAGGCGCCGAAGUCCCCGGAGAAUGAGCUCCAUCGCUCGACUUCGGCAGGCGAACCGCUUUCCGGCGACGACAUUGUUCCUGGUACCAGUGGCAUUGUGGUGGAGACGAUCCCGGCAAUCGACUCGGCGACUUCUCCUCCUCACCGCCGCACAGGCAAGCAGCGACGGAAGAGCAAGCGGUACUACUCGAAGGACGAGUGUGCGAUCUGCAUGGAGAACUUUAGCCGCGGCGAGAUCGUGCGCAUUCUGCCCUGCGGCCACGUGUUCCACAAGGACGAGUGUGAUGAGUGGCUGCUGAAGUGGCGCAAGCUUUGCCCUACAUGCCGUGCAGACGUCACUGUGUCUCCGGGGGACAUGUCGGCUUCGACCACUUUGACGCCCGUUGUCGACGCGCAGGCUGCUCGCACGGACUACGGCGCGACCGGAACAGUCGCCGGUGAGGGCGCCGAGGCGCCGGACGGAGGCUCUCGGCUCGCCUGGCUCGGCCAAAUGCGUGACCGUGCGAUCGCCCGGGCAGGCGCGGCGGUCUCGUCCGUGAACGACAGCUUGCGCGCCAUCGUCCGGGGUGACAAUGCGCCACCGGCGCGUCCGGCGUUGGACGAACGCACGCCGCUGCGCGGCACCGAUGUCUGA